AGAGCGCCUGAUACCACUGUUAACGAGACUGACAACUGAGGAAGGACUGGAUGCUCAGCAGUACCAGUGUCAGCAGUGCAAGUCGUACAUAGGAAUGAUCUACGGGAAGCCGAGGGUAUGCUCCUAUGACAGCAAAUACUACUGCUAUGAAUGCCACGAGGACGAAGUGUGCCUUAUCCCCGCAAGAGUCGUUCACAACUGGGACCUGGCUGGUCAUCCCGUGUGCAAGAGGAAUGCCAGCUGGCUCUCUGCGGUUCAGCACCAGCCACUCAUCAACCUGCGUACAGUCAACCCGAAGCUAUACUGUCAUAUUGAUGAUCUGGCUGAAAUGCAGAUGCUACGUACCCAGCUGCUGUAUGUGAGGGCAUAUCUGUUUACAUGUAAAACAGGUGUUGGAGAAGAGUUGAGAAAAUUACUGUGGCCCAGAGAACACCUGUAUGAACAUGUCCACCUCUACUCUGUUUCUGAUCUGCAAUUAGUUGCCACUGGUCAGCUAGUCCAGAAGGUCCGUCAAGCAGUCACUUUCGGCCGAGACCACGUUGCCCAGUGUCAUGUGUGUUCAGCCAGAGGUUUCAUCUGUGAGCUCUGCGAUGAUAAUGAUGUCAUUUACCCCUUCCAGCUCGGCAGCACCCACACUUGUGGAGAGUGCUAUGGAGUGUACCAUGGCCUUUGCGCCAGAGGAAGGAAGGACUGUCCUCGCUGCAUCAGAAGAAGAGCGAGAAGGAGCCAAGAGGGGAGUUAGAAGACCCCGGCCUUAGCUGCAGAUGGCAUAAGCUCUGCCGUUCCCUCUUCAUCUUCUUCUUCGCCGUGGAAAUGGGACGGAGUCUUUUCGUCUCGUUUCUUUCUGUCGUCGGAACUGUGGGAGAGCCAGGAUUUGAAUUUAUAUUUAUAGACUUGCCCCCAAAGGAAAUUUAUAGAGAUUUUAUGGUGCAUGAGAAGUAAACUUUUGUAAAUCAUUGUAAACCUUGGUUAUUUAUAAAGCAUUUGAUUUCAAAGCUUCACACAGGCAUGGGACAAAAUGGAUAUUUAUUUUGUAAAUUUAUCUCUAUUGUGUAUAAAGAUUUAGUGGUAAUUUAGAUACCUCUAUAGUUUAAAGGAAGAAGUCACAAGAUAAGGAAAAAGUCAGUAUUUAUUUAUUUUUAAACAUCAAAGAAGGCAUUACAGUUGAAUUCUUAUGCAUAAGAAUCAGGUUAAGUAAAGUUUGAAGUCAGUCACAUUUUCAUUUCUUAUUUUUCAUAGGUCUUGAUGUCGAUGCAUAAAGCCGGUAACACAAUCGCAGUCAUUACUCUAUCUUUCAUAUUCCUAUGUUCUAUGCUGCUGCAUUUCCAAAGGAAUGGUAAUUGAUAAUAAAACAUUGUGCCUUUUUAAGUAAUUCCAUUAAUUGUUCGAGUAAAAUUUAAUGUGCAAGUAUAGAUUAAGAUGAAGUUCUAUAUGCUAUUUUGUUCUGAUUUUGAAUAUUCAAUGAAUUAUGCUUAUUGCAAAUGAUAGCUCACAUAUGCAUUAUUGUUUGUUAUGAAAAACAAGAGCCCAUUUCUGUGUUCAAACCAUAUAAAGACUUGAACAUUUUGUUAGAAUUAAUUAUUAGAUUUUUUUUUUCAUGUAUUUUUCCUAUAUAAUAUAUUACCUAAUUUUUGGUAUUUAAUUCAUAUUGCUUAUGACUGGAGGGAUACCUGGAUACCUGAUAUCAUUGGUUUAAGACAGUCAUUUGCACACUAAUAUAUUUAUCAUGAUUUGGUAAAAUACUUGUGAUAUUACACCAUUAUUAAGAUUAGACAAAUAAGUAAUAUAUGGAUAAUCAUAAUUUCAUCAUAUUCAUAACAGUGGUAUGCAGUCUUACACCAAAUUCUUUAUUAAGAUGAUUUUGUAAAAAAAAACGUUAAUUUCUUUAUUGCUGUAUGUGGAUGAACUGUAGGUAGUUUAUGAAAAAGAAAAUAUACAAGAAAAUAUAAAUAUAAACUGCAA